GCUAGGACGGAACGGAAACCAGGGAGGAAGACUAGAAGCGGUUCAAGCCUGCGGAGGGAGCGCGAGACGGAGAUCAUGGUGCGGGCAUGGGGGCGGACGGCGCUGCCUCCGCUCCUAAUCCUCUGCCUCCUCCACCUGCAGUACUCCCCGCUGGUCCUCGCUCAAGAAGGUCAAGAAAAAGACCUUGCUACUCUGUUCGCACGAGCAUCGGAGAUGAUGAACCUGAGGAAGUAUGAUGGGGCGCUUGGCCUGCUAAAUGCUGUGUUGGAAGUUGACCCAAAUCAUUCUGAAGCUUACAGGCAGCGUGCAUCAGUGCUCCGCCAUAAGUGCAGAUACAAGGAAGCUGAGAGCGACUAUAACAAAUACCUGGAGUUAAAUCCUGGGACUGCUACAGUGGAAAAGGAAUUAUCUCAGCUUCUGCAGGCUCAAAAUUCAUUACAGUCUGCUUAUGGCCAGUUUGAUUCUGGAGACUUUUCAAAAGUCCUGGAAUACAUCAACAAAAUUGUACUUGUCUUUUCUCCGGGUUGCUUGAAGGCAAAGCUUCUCAAGGCUAAAGCGUUGCUAGCACUGAAAGACUACUCAAGUGUUAUUUCAGAGACCGGAUUUAUUCUAAAGGAAGAUGAAGACAACUUGGAUGCACUGCUACUACGUGGUCGGGCCUACUAUUACCUUGCUGAUCAUGAUGUGGCCUCCAGACACUACCAGAAAGGGCUUCGUCUUGACCCAGAGCAUUCAGAUUUGAAGAAAGCAUAUUUCGGGUUGAAAAAUCUUUUGAAGAAGACUAAGAGCGCUGAAGAUAAUGCUGCCAAGGGUAAACUACGUUUGUCUGCUGAGGACUACAAGAAAGCUCUAGCAAUGGAUCCUGACCAUACUGCAUAUAAUGUACAUCUUUAUCUCGGGUUAUGUAAAACUCUGGUUAAACUUGGGAGAGGUAAGGAGGCCAUCAGCAGUUGUACUGAAGCACUCAACAUAGACAGUGAUCUUGUUGAUGCGCUUAUACAGAGAGGUGAAGCUAAACUUCUCUCAGAAGAUUGGGAAGGAGCGGUUCAGGAUCUAAAAGAGGCCGCCCAGAAAUCCCCACAGGACAUGGGCAUCCGUGAAGCACUUAUGAAAGCCGAAAAGCAGCUUAAGUUGAGCAAAAGAAAAGACUGGUACAAAAUCCUUGGUAUUUCAAAGACAGCAUCAGCUGCGGAGAUAAAGCGUGCCUACAAAAAGCUGGCCUUGCAGUGGCAUCCAGAUAAAAACGUGGAUAACCGGGAGGAAGCAGAAAACAUGUUCCGAGAAAUUGCUGCUGCUUAUGAGGUGCUUGGUGAUGAAGACAAACGUGUGAGAUAUGACCGAGGAGAGGAUGUCGACGAGAUGAACAUGGGAGGAGGCGGGGGUGGCUUCAAUCCUUUCGGGGGAGGAGGCCAGCAGUACACGUUUCAUUUCGACGGUGGAUUCCCGGGCGGCGGAUUCCCAGGAGGUGGAGGCUUUCAGUUCAACUUUGGAUGACAUUGCCAUGCCACUGUGGAAUUGUCAUAGGAAUUCUUAGCGGCAGCUGAUAACUAUUCAUAGGAAGGCAGAAGGCUGAGACCGUUCUUAUUACUGUACAAGUGUUUGAGGGCAGCUACGAGUUUUCCUUCAGCAUUUUCUUCCUGCAUUGAACCUCAUACAUCAGUUUGAUUGGGAAAAUGGAAAUAAAGUACGACAUCUUUUUUCUGUGUGA